AUGGCCCAGCCACCGGUACUGGCGCUGUUCACUAUCGCAACCUCGGCGGCAGUACCAAUGCUGCUGCACAGAGGGAAGCCAAUAUCCGUUCAAGUAUCAGAUUGGAUAUUGCGCUUUCCCAACUUUCUCAUCUUCAUGCCUCGCGACUGCCCAGAUUGA